AUGAAGCCUCGCCUUCCGCAUCGCUGGGGGAGAGGCAACCGCGCAAGUAGGCGCAAGGGCAACGGCAUCAGCAGCAGCAAGAGGGCUAACCAUCAUCACAGCACCAAGGCCGGCAGCAAGCGGGGCCCCGGCUGCAUCUCCGAGUCUUCGCAGCCGGACACCACCCAGCUGGACGUCAGCGACGGCUUCAACGCAACGGAGACAGAACCUCUUCGGAAGCGCAGAUGCCCGCAGCCCCUGCAAACCCAGCAGCUAGAUCUUAAUCAGGACGCUCAGCAGGACCUGAGCCCCACCUUGGCGCGUCUGCUGGCGUCCGUAGCCGGCCUGCCUCCCGCACUGCACAUCGCAAACGCACACGUACACAGGCAUCCUGCAUCCAUGCACAUCCCCGUCCGCCCCACACUUCCCGAGCUCCUCAAACUACCUCCCACCACCGCGCCCGCUACCGCACCCGCCGUACCCUCUGCACCCGCCGCGCCCGCCUGUCAUUUCCCGCACAAUGCUACUGCCGUUCCCGCAGCUAGGCAUGUCCUAGGAACUGGACAGGCGCGUCGGACCCAUGGGGAUCCAUGCACCUUCACGCCAAUGCAUAAUGCAUGUGACGGCGGUGACGGCGGUGACGGCGGUGAUCAGGAGCUUACGGAAACCAAUGUUGGCAGUGGAAUGGGCGGGAAAGGCGCAUCAAUGGCAAGCAGUGGCCGACUGCCGUUCGAGCUUUCCGGCACUUUCUUGGAGCGUUUUCCAAUGCAGCGGACGCUAGGUGUGGGAGACGCCCCCCUAGGACUGGGCGCCACAGCCAGCUUGUCCGCUGCCGCCGCAGCCCUACCUGAACAUGGCAACUUGAAAGCCGCCAGCGAGGUAGGACGCCUGGGAAUGCGCCGUACAGCCGACAUCGCCGCAGCGGCAGCAGCGGCGGUUAAUGCCGGCGUCCGCAAGCCCCACGGCAACAACAACGGCAGCUACCCCCUCCUUACAAUCGAGCCGCUCAAACUGACACCGCUGACGCCGCUCCAGCCAAGCAUCAACGAGUACCAUCCCCUGCAGUACAACGGCAGCCGGGGCCCCGACGGCAGCAGCGGCUCCGCUGCCGGCGCUGUCGUCGCCGCCGCUGCCACCGCCGCUGCCACCGCCGCUGCCACCUUUGGAAGGGAACAUGACGACUACAAGGUCUUAAAGCAGGGCGACAGAAGCGACGCCAAGAAGCUGACGCCGAUGCUGCAGCCGCCCACAGCGGUGGCGGCGGCGGCGCCGCCGCCGCCGCCACGUUAUACGCCCAUCUCUCACUUCCCCAGCACCCCCAUCGCCCAAUACCAUCUACGCACCGCCGUACGCAUUCCGACCUUCCACUCCGGCGACGGCGGUCUCUGCAAGGGCCCGCUGGGGCAUGAGGAGGCUAGCGGCAGCGGCACAGGCAUGGGGCUUGGACCUGGCCAGGAGACACAGGGUCCGAGGCUGGGCCUGCGAUUUGUGAACAGCAGUUCUAGGCACGAGGCCCCCGCGCCGGACCAGCCGCUGCGGUCGUACUCACCAACCCUGGAGGAAGCGCUGCUGUUGCUCUCCGCGGUGAAGGGGGACGCGGUUCGAUCCGCGUCAGAGGCGACGGUGGCAAUCGUGACGACUACACCGCCGCCGCCGCCGCCGCCGACGACGACGACGACGACGGCGGCGGCGGCGGUGACGAGGACAACGAAUCCUGUGUGCAAGACGCUGCAGGGGGCGCCUGGACAUGGGCCGUACAGUGGCGGCAACAGCAGCGGCAGGCUCCCGGACGCCAGAGAGACACAGCAGACUUGUUGUGGGAACGUAGCGGCAGUAGCAGCAGCACAGGGAGUUGCGAGCGCCGCAGCUCCCGGCGCCGCUGAGGACGUCGUCAAUGGCAACAACAACGGACCCGCGGGGGCGCCGUCUGGGGGCCCCUCGGGAGCGGAAUCCCCAGUGACGGCGGCGGCAGCAGCGGUCGCUACAGCCGCCGCCGCUGCCGUCGUCGCCGCCGCCACUGCCCCGGAAGAGCGUACCCUGCCGAGCCCCGUGCUUGUCGGCAUUCCUGGUGCCGCCGCCGCUUCAGUUGUGGGGCUGUUUGAUCCGGGGGCUAGCGGCAACGGAUGCCAGAUGGAGACCCUGGGCGAGUGGCUCACGCGAGUAGGGUUACCGCUGUGGAUGGGUCCCAGUCGUACUGGUCCCAACCAAUCGAGGAGCCAGCAGCCCGGCCGCAGCAGCGUCGUCAAGUCAGGCUUAGGAGCCGCCGCCGCAGCGGCGGCGGCGGCGAGGAAGGCUGCAGAAGAGGCGUUGCUCGCGCCCGCUGGCAGUAGCAUUCAAGCCUCCGCCGCCGCGUCAGCGAUGGCUGCAGCCAACGCAGCUGCCAAUGCGGUGGCGUCGGCGGUGGCGAGAGCCGCGGGGGAUGGCGACAGAUCGGGCAAACAGGCCAGGGGCAAUGUCAACGGGGCGGCCGCCGCCAGCCUUUCCGCUGCCGCCGCGGCCGCCGCCGCCGCCGGCGACUUUGAGGUAAUCAAGGUUUCGUCGCCGGUAGCAGAACCACGCCCGUCUUCACCUCAGGUCUUGGUCGCUGCCGCCGUCGCCGCUGCCGCAACUGCUGCCGCCGCUGCCGCUGCCGCCGGCGGCGCCAUAUCGCCCAAAGCUCAAUCUUUCCCGCGGGACGAUGACGAUGCUCAAGGUGGCAAGAAGCGUUGCCUGGAUCGGACGGCAUCGGAGGGUGGAUAUUGCAGUAGCAGCAGCAGUAGCAGCCAAAGGGACGGCGACGACCGUGAUGCCGUUCCGAUGUCGCGACACAAGGCCACGCGACAGGGACCGUACAUCACCGUCUCGCUGGCGGCAGCGGCAGCCAGCCCCGCUACACCUGGCGGCGGCAUGUCGCUGCCGCCUCCGCCAGCGGCUGCUUUCCAGCCGCCGCCGCCGCCGCCGCAGCAGCAGCAGCAACACGACGGGGGCCUGACACUUAUUACAUCUGUUGCGCUGCAGAAGCCAAACCACGGGGCCCCCGGCGCGAAUGCGGCCACAGCUGCAGACGCGAAGUGCCAGUACUGGAUUCCGAAAAAAUUCCAGAUCUCGCCGUUGCAUCGGCCGGCGACGGAAUCCUUGCGUAUGACAACGUCACGGUGUACGACGCUGGUGGUCAGGACAUGGUCUGGGCAGUGCCGCCGCAGGCGAUGCCGCCCCAUCAGGUUGCACGACGAGCGAAUCCCGCCGUACCGGUACGGCCGCAGCCGCAGCCACCUGCGUUGCUGGUUCAGCAGCCGCAUCUGGCUCAGCAACGGGUUGGGCUACAGCAUAGCUCCUACGACCGGCCGUACAGUGCCGUACAUGGGCUUCGCCCGUCAAUGCACGGCACCGUAUCGCGACAGGGCGGCUACCCCGCCAUGGCGGCAGAUCAUGAGUAUGGUGCUGGCGGCGGCAUUGGCGGUGCAAUGCGUCGGCAGCAAGUCACCCGCGCGCUGCCGUACGGCCUGCCGUACCCUUCAAGCUCCGCCAGCGACCGCAGCGGCAUGGGCUGCCUUCCCCGGUGGUCAUGAGUACGUUGCCGUACAGGCCGCUGCUGGUCGCAUACCUCCGGAUGCAGUUGCCGUCGGGACCGCUGCAGCAAUGCCUAAUGCGGCUCUCUUAGCCGUACCUGCCGUACAGACCAUGCAAUUUUCUCCUGACGGCGCAUGGGUCCUCACGCCUAGCAGGGCCCAGGGAUGGCCCCUGCGCUCCGUUGUGCUCGGCCACCCGUACGGCAACCUAGCUCCAAGCAGCAGCACGCAAGGACCUGUACAGCGGCAGCAUUUGAGGCCGUACUCUGAGCCGUACUCACAGUCUACGUUCAACGGGCCGUACGUCGACGGCGGCGCGGAGCGCUUUUGGAUGGAAAGUUCCGUAUGUGAAGAAGGCGCUGUGGGAGCAGGUCUUGGAGAUCGCUAA